UCAUCUAACAUGUCGGGCGGUCCAGGACCGCCGCCCGGUGGUCGCAGCACCACGCCGGGCGGUUGGUCGCCCCUGCACUUUCGACCGACGACGCCGCCGCCCCCGAGAAUGGGCAGCCCGGCGUCCGGCAUGUUCGGCAACCGGCUGCCCCACGGAAUGCCCUGCCCCCGGCCCAGGUGGCCCGCGCCCAUGUCUCCGGUGCCGAUGCCGCCGCCUCCGCACGCUUUCUCGCCGCCUCCGCUCGGAUCCAAGCCCUUUCGACGCCCCAUGCAUCCGCCAUCCCCGGCCCCGACGAGAUGCAUGUCCCCGGCGGACGCCCCUUACUACAGGGGCAUCCAGCCGUACGCCCCGGACCACUUCAGGGGCGUGCAGACCUACUCGCCGGACUUGAGGGCCUCCUCGCAGACGCCGGACAAUUCGCGAAAUGCCCGCUUCACGCCCGCCUCGCAAUACUCCUCGGACUCGCCGUUCGGGCCGCCGUGCCGCGACUUCGAGUACGUGGGGGUGCCGCUGGAGCCGCCGCCGCUCCCGCGGAACUACGAUCCCGACGAGGAGGAGGACUCCGGACCGACCACCGCGGAGAUCAUCGCCAAUCAGUCGCAGGAUUAUAUCGACGAGAAGUUAG